UUACGAAAUGUGAAGGCGUGGAGUUCGUCAAGAAAUAUCCGCACAAAUACUCAGUUUUAAACUGAUUUUAGGGGUAAAUUAGUUACUCCGUUUGAGAUAUUUUCCAGCUAGGACAUCAACUUUGCUAGGUAGCUAUACCUGAACUGGCGCAAAGUUGGAACAACAAUACGACUGACACGACGAGUGAGUGAAAAAAGCUACAGACAGUACACCGGCGUGACAGGAGCAAAAAAAAGCAGGCCUGAAAUCGACAUAAUUGGGACAGUUAAUUUUUGCUUUUUAUAUUUGGCAACAUCUAGAUGAGGAAUCGGUGCGGGAAAGUCAAGCAAAACUGGAAUAAGAGCUACGCGAAUACGCAUUCAGGCUCGAAGGCUAACUGACAGUGAGAAGCUAACGCGCUAAUAUUAAAGACAGAGCUAACAGCCACAAAACAGUAGACAGGCCUCCAUUACCUUCUUUGCCCAUGGACUCCCUCAACGCCCUGUCCACCUUCGAGUCGGAGAUGGAGGAGGAUGGGUCAGGCAGCUACUCUUUGUUUCCAGCUCUCGACAACAUGGCUGGUCUGACGGGGACCUCGGAGACCCUGGAGACCGAACCACCAAGCGAGGUCACGGAGAAGCCAAACCUCACAUGGCUCGACGCUGCGCAGAUUGUCCUGGAGGAAGCGGGCCGGCCCAUGCAUAUUAAAGAGAUCAAACAGAGGAUUAUCGACAGAGGCUUGGUCCAGUCAAAUGCAAAGUCCAGUCUUGAAGCUGUGAUGUAUCGUGAGACUCAGAAAGGGAGCAAGCGAUUCAAGAGGAUUGAGAACAGAAAUGGAGUCUUUGCCCUCUUGACAGAUGACGAGAGACAGCAGGCCCUGCGUCCAUUCAGCAGCCAGGCUUUCCUAAGCUCCCCAGCCCAGGCUGCCUUCUCCAGCUCCAGCUCUGGGGCGUCACUGCCCACCUUCCCGCGGCCACCCGGCCUUGUUGAACCCAGGCCCAGAGCCAAGAAGAUCCAACGCAAGAACCAGAACGAGAAAUACCGGCUCAAAUACCUCCGACUGCGCAAGGCGGCCCGCGCCAUGAUAUUUGAGAACGCUGCGCUUUGUGAUGAAGUGGCUCAUCUGGAGGAGAAGUUUGUGAGAGCAAAAGAAGAGCGGCGGUUUUUGCUGAAGACCCUCCUGCAGUACCAAUCACUGCCAGAGGGGGAGCUUCUCUCUGCUCCCAGCACCAGCUCUAAUACUACAGCUGCUUUUGCAUCCAACUCGGUUGGGGCCUCCCUUCUCGGAGGGGUCCACAGUCUUGGGCCCAGUAGUUCUGGGGCUGAUGAAGGCCUUCCCAAAAAGCCCAAGAAAGAACGCAAGGAGAGAGGCCGGGAGAAUGGAAAAGAAGAUGUCAUGAAAAAGGUAUCAAAGAAGAGGAAGGUUCUGGAAGGUGGGGCCCGCAGGCUGGUCCAACAGAUCCCUCUGGACUCUUCUGGACGGCCCGUCUUCCCUAUUGUACUGGGAGGUCUCACCGUCCAUAGCCUGGGGGAGAUUAUUACAGACAGGCCGCACUUCCACGACGAGAACGCCAUCUACCCAGUGGGCUUCUGCAGCACACGUGUGUUUGCCAGCAUGAAUAAUCCGGAUCAGCAGUGCCUGUAUACAUGUCAGAUAAAGGACGGAGGGUGUGGCCCACAGUUUGAGAUCGCUCCUGAGGAUGACCCCCAGGAUGCUAUCGUGGCCUCCUCAGCCCUGACAUGCCAUACCAACCUGCUGAAGGCCAUUGCAGCCAAGAGGGGUAGGCCCCUGUCUCCCAUUGUACCUUCAGGGGCUGAUUUCUUUGGCUUCUCACACCCCACCAUCCAGAAUCUGAUCCAGAGCUGCCAAGGGGCACGCAAGUGUGCCAAUUACCGCUGGGUGCGCUUUGAGGUCGCUCGCCCUAGUGAUGGACAGCUGCCGUCCAGCCUGUCAGAGGACGACGCGUCCAUCAACUUCGAUGCCUUCCAGCGGCAGAUGAGGAAUGAGGAUGUGACAGCAGCGGCAGCAGAGCACAGUAUAGCAGCAGCGCGGCUUUGCUCCGGUAUGGACAGCCUGCCCAUGGGGAACCCCACCCUAACAGGCAAGAGAAAUGAGGUGGAUGGUUUCACCACCUACAGGAUUCAGUCACCAGGGCGUCCAACGCAAGCUGCUCUCGCUUCGCACCCACGUCUCCUCAGCUCACCCCCGCUGCAGUCCUCAGCCUCUCACUUUAGCAGCUCUUGAGCUCCAGCUGUUCAAUCCCGGCAGGAUAUUUGCACAAGCUCUGUUCCCUCUGUCUCAGGUCUUCCACAGAACAUGCCAUAUGUUGCAGUGGCACAGGUGAGAUGGAGCGGAUGUAGAAACUAAUGCCAAAACCCAACACCUUACAAGGAAGACCGAAUCAUGACCAACACUUAGAACCAAAUGAAACUGAGGUGAAAUUAGAUGACUUUUCAGUAAAUAAAUUUAGGCCUUUAGUGCCAUCUAGCGGUCAACGUUACAUCGAUGACCUGCUCCAGUAAAGGACCUGUGUAACUUGGAUUGUGAAGAACAUGAGGAUAAACUACUGUGUGUUCUUAAGCAGUAAAAUGACUAAUAACGAAAACUCAAGUGUUAUGUUUCAUUGCUCAUCAUGUUUUAAACCAGGUUCAAUACAACAAUGUGUUUUAACAGAUUGUCAGACUUAGAAUAUUUACAGGCUGGCAUCA